AUGGCUUCCCGUGAUGAAUCGAUUGAGGCGGAUUACAAUUUUGACGACGAAGGCUAUGCAGAAUCCACAAACACGAGCUAUGUCACCUCGAUAGCGUCCGACAUCCGAAGGGGCAUCGAAGAAAAUGGGCGGACCUACCCCGCCUACGGCCAGCACCAGUAUGGGAUGCCCAUCGACGAGCGCGAGCAGGACCGAAAUGAUCUACAACACUGCAAAUUCGUGCUCGUACUCAACGACCAUUUAUUCCUGUCGCCUAUCGAUGACGAGCCCCAGCAUAUUCUGGAUCUAGGCACAGGUACCGGCAUCUGGGCGAUCGAUGUGGCCGAUAAGUACCCAACAGCAGAAGUUCUGGGUGUCGACAUAGCUCCGAUUCAGCCCACUUUUAUGCCACCCAAUUGCCGCUUCGAACUGGACGACAUCGAAAAUGAAUGGCUAUAUCGCAAGGACCACUUCGAUCUCAUUCAUGCUCGCGAGCUGAUGCUGGCCGUCCGCGACUGGGACCAAUUAAUCAAGCAAGCGUACGAUCAUCUCAAACCGGGCGGCUAUCUUGAAUUGAGCCAGUCGGUGCCAGAUCCUGGCUGCGACGAUGGCUCCCUUCCUGACGACAGCGCGUACCGACAGAUGACUGCGUAUUUUAUUGAGAUCGGCGAACGGCUGGGCGCAUCCGUCCAUGCGGCGAAACUUUUCAAGCAGAAGAUGGAGCAGGCCGGCUUUGAAGACGUGGUGGAGAAGCGAUUCAAGAUCCCCUGCAGCGCAUGGCCCAAGAAUCCACGCCUCAAGAAGAUAGGCAUGUUUGAGGCUGCACAUGUAGACGCUGGAGCUGAGGCGCUACUCCUUCGCGGCAUGACUCAGGCACUAGGCAAGAGCAGGGAGGAAGCACAGGUCUUUUUCGCCGAAGUCCGGAAAGAGAUCAGAAACCCCAGAAUGCAUGCAUACAUAUGGUUCUACGACGUACAUGGCAGAAAACCGCAUAGAAGAAGAACUUUCGAAGCAGCUGAAGGUUGA